AUGCAAAAAAAAGUUCAUACCUGGGCUGAGAUUUUUAGUGAGAAAUAUAUUCAUCUUUUUGCAGAUAAACCUUGUGAUUUGCCACACAUAGAAAAUGGACAGAUUGCCCAGUACUAUUAUAAUUUCAAAAGUUACUAUUUCCCAAUGCUUAAGGAGAAAAAACUCUCCUAUUCUUGUAUGGUGGGUUAUACAACUGAAACUGGGACUCAAGAUGGAAGAAUAACUUGUACAGUGAACGGAUGGUCUCCAGUGCCACAGUGCUACAAAAAAUGUAACAAACCUCUUCUGGAAAAUGGCUUUUUUUACGGUACAGAAAUGUACUUCAAAAUACAGGAGAAACUGCAAUACAAAUGUCACCCGGGCUACCACGCUCCAAACGGUGGCACUGAAGAUACAGUGCAAUGUCGGCCAGAAGGAUGGUCCUCCCUGCCAAGCUGCACUAAAAAAUUUGAGUCGUGUCAAGUACCCAAUUUACAUCACGGCAGCUACUUCACAGCCCAACAAGAGCUUCAAUUGAAUGAAACGCUGCUGUACAAAUGUGAUGAGGGAUAUCAUACUGCAGGAGGAAACACUACAGAAGCUGCAGUGUGUCUAACACAUGGGUGGUCCCGGACUCCAAACUGCACUAAAAAAACUUGCUCUUCUUUGAGUGCAAUAGCACACGGAGGCUUCUAUCCUGUGAAGAAAAGCUACGAAGAGGGAGAUGUAGUUCACUUUUUCUGUGAGGAAAACUAUUCUGUCAGUGAAUUUGACCUCAUUCAAUGUUAUUAUUUUGGAUGGCAUCCAGAGCCUCCCAUGUGUGAAGAGGUAAAAAAUAAGUGUCCACCACCACCGCUUCCUCCUCAUGCGCAUAUCAUCACAGUUAGAAGAACAUACCAUAAUGGAGACAAAGUUCACAUACAGUGUCAAAGUACCUUUGAAAUGCGAGGAUCUGAGGAAAUCCAGUGUGAAAAAGGAAAAUGGACAUCACCCCCUAUUUGUAUUGGAACUAUGGAUAAACAGGAAUCUGAGGCACCACCAUCACUUGAGGCAGAUGCAGCCACAAGGGCAAGCAAAACAUAUCACAGUGAAGAUAUGAAAAUGCAGCAAAACUGUACCUCCCCACCUGUGAUUAAAAAUGGUGCUGUUCUUGGUCCAUUAUUGACAAGUUACAAAAACGGUUCCUCGGUAGAAUAUGGCUGUCAGCGUUAUCAUUUUUUAGACGGACCUAGUACUGUUUACUGUGACCAAGGAAACUGGACAGAACAACCAACUUGCUUAGAACCGUGCACUCUUAAUGUAACUGAUAUGAACAACAACAACAUAGACUUGAAAUGGAGGCAGGAAGAAAUAAUUUUCCUACAUGGUGAUCUCAUAGAGUUUGAAUGUAAGCAGGGAUACAGUUUUCUCCGGACUACCAUUCCAUCUCCUGGGAGGACACGAUGUAACCGCGGCAGACUGAAAUAUCCAAAAUGCAUUAUGCAAGCUCCAACUGAAAAAUGUGGCUCUCCACCUUCUGUUGUGAACGGAGCCCUUACUCUCCCACCCCUGACCCAAUAUGACAGCGGUUCUUCAGUUCAGUAUAGUUGCUCUGACUAUCAUUUUUUGCAAGGAUCUGAGAGAAUCUACUGUUCCGAAGGACAGUGGACUUCACCACCAGUUUGUAUAGAGCCAUGUACUUUGUCAAAAAAUGAAAUGGAGAAAAAUAAUGUGCUGCUGCAAGCAUUCUAUGUGAAUCAAGUUUACUUUUACCAUGGGGAUUAUGUUGGAUUUUACUGUAAGCAGAACCAUUUUGGAGCAGAAUCCGGUAAAACUUUAUUUCAAGUGCAGUGUAACAGAGGACAGCUGAUGUAUCCAAGAUGUGUUGAAAGAGGAAAAUAA